AUGUCCGGACCCGGCAAGUCGGCGCUGACCAAGCAGAUCGAGGCGCAGAGGAAGCGAGACGCAGAGGAGAGAGAGAGACAGAGGAACGAGCCCAAGCAGGAUAAACCCCCGAAUCCGUCCAAGAAGGAAACCAAGCAUGCUCCAGGACACCAGAGCUAUUGCACAGACAGACAUAGCGGCAGAAGGUAG